AUGGCGGCUGACGAGCACGUGGAAGAGGUUAAUUCAAAUGAAAAUGAGAAAUCUACGAGAAAAAUCGAAAAGACCAUUUUGGACAAUUUUUCCAACUUAGUGAAGCCACAGGAAAAAGUCCGUAUUAGAAGUAGUGUUAAUCUUAUAAAGUAUUUAGUAGAAAACGAGGAAAAUGCAAACGAGUUAAAAUACGCACUUGGGCGAAUAAUAAGGGGAUUGGGAUCAUCUACAGUAAGUGCUAGAACAGGUUUCUAUACAGCUUUAGUAGGUCUGAUCAAUACAAGAGACGAUAUUUCAGUAACUGAUAUCUUUAACCACCUCGAGAAAGAAUUACACAAAGCAGGAAGUAACACCAAAGGGGAGAACGCCGAUAUAUAUCUGGGACAAAUAUUAACAUGUGGCGCUAUUAUGAGGUCCGAAUUAUGGUCCAGGUGUUCAGAAGAAGAGCAAAAGAGAAUAAUAGAAUUACUGCUAAAAAAUUCUAAAGAACGGAUAUAUCUCAGCUUAGUCGCUUAUAAUUUUAUCACUGAUAAGUUUAAAGAGAUGAACGAGCGUGAUUUUAAAAAGACGUUCCAAAUAAUAAAGGAGACGUUAUCCAAACCGUGGGCCGAGCAAAAUAUCGAUUCCCUAUAUUUAUUGCUGUGCGUUAAAAAUAAAAAUUCAAGUUAUGUGAAUAACAAGUUUUUACAGAAGACUGUUGGUACAAAAGAUAUAAUUUGCCCAAAAAGCUUGGAAGAACUGUGCAGCAUAUUAAUGACUAUACCUAGGGUGACGUUCUUGAAACACCCAAUAUAUGAAAUUAUCGGCAAAGAUCUUGCCGUUUCCGAGCACUUAAUCCCUUUUGUGCAAAUCGUCGAUGCAAACCUACAAAGGCCCAAUAGAAACAAACAACUUAUCGCUACAAAGAUCUAUUCUAUAAUAUUACAAAACGUACAAAAUCUCGAUUCGGUACCUCAAAUAUUAACGAAGAACUUCAUCCAGCAGACUUUGAACUAUUUCAAGACCUUCAAAGGUAAAAAUAAGGACGCGGAAUUCCAACAGAGCACCAACAAGUUUUUCGAAACGUUACUAGAGACCCUGAAACGGGACGGAGCAAAAUCCCAGACCAAGAUAGCGGUCUUGAAGAAACUACUUUUCUAUCCCGGCACUUUUAUUUUCGAAAAGAUCACCAGAAGCAAAGUGAUCCAACAGAUAACUUACAGCUUGGAUAACGGCGGUGUUAAAAUGUUGGCAACGCUGUACGAGGGCGUGAUCAAAGGCACGGAGAAAAUCGAUAGCGAGGACGCAAGGAACGAAAAUUGGUUGAAUAACGAUAGACUGUACGCCGCCCAUUUGCUGAUAAAACUGCUGAGUCACGCCUCGAUGAAGGACGAAAACGAAUGGAAGACGGAGAAACUGGGCUUUCUUAUGCAUCUAGGAUUGUUCCGAAUGGAUAACGGGGCCAAUAUAGGAUCCGAAUUAGCAGCUUCCUUGAAAACGGCAUUUUUUGGAUCGUUGGACAUGAAAUUGUUAAAACUGGAAGAUAUACAAACGAUAUUGUCCCGCCUGGUACGAGAAUUAGAUUCCAAACUAACGCCCGACAACUUAGAGAUAAUACUGAGGAACCCUAUACCCGCCGAACAGUACGAAACGUGGCAAAAGACGAUACAGACCAUAACGAAAAUCGAAAAGAAAAAGAAAAAAGGAGGAUUAAGAUCCGUGUUCCUAACCCUAUUCCUACACAUGGGCAUGCAACUGUUCAACGACGCAAACUUAGCUUCGGAUUCCUUAAAAGAACUCUUCCUGUGUUACGAAAAGACCAGAAAAAACAGGACGAAUUCUGAGAGCACGGACGAAACAGAAGAACGGAAUGACACCGUAAAAACCAACGAUCCCGCUUGGAUCGAAGUGGUGGCUGAUCUAUUCCUCAACUUACUCUCCCACAACUCGCACCUGCUGAGAACUCUAAUAAAGUGCGUGUUUCCCCACUUGUGCCGCUACAUGACCCCCGCAACUAUUCACCAAAUCCUCUCGGUGAUCGACCCCAAAAAUGAAGACAACCCCUUAUCUAAACGUAACGAUAACGACGAGGACGAUGACGAAAACAACGAAGAGGAAAACGAAUCGGACCCGGACGAGAAAGAAUCGGAAGAAGAGGAGGAUCUGGAAGACGUAGAAGACGAAUCCGUGAACGACAGGCUGCGGAUGGCCCUCCACAAAGUUCUCACCGAUAACGGAUAUCAGUCCGACGAAGAGAGCGUGGAUCUGGACAAGCUGAGCGAUACAGAGGGCGAGAAGCUAGACGAGGCCCUGGCGGAGGCGUUCAAACAGUUCAGGCCGAACCACGGGAGGCGCAAGAAGCAGAACAAGGACCAAGAAACGCUGACGCAUUUCCGCGUGCGAGUGUUGGACUUGAUCGACAUCUACUUGGACUCCACGCCGUCUAUGAUACUCGCACUGGAGAUUAUGUUACCGUUGCUGCAAGCUGUGGAGUUCAGUAUACGCGACCAACACCAGAAACCGUUGCACGACAGGUUAAAGUCGUGUCUGAAAAAAUUAUCUUCACUGAAAAAGUUCAGCGAUACGGACGGGGUCGACGAAACUGUGCUCGGCAAUCUGUUGGGAAGUUUGUUGGAAAAGGGGACGAAAAAUUCUUUAAUAAUACAAGAUAUGGGAGUACAGAUCGCCGAUUGUUGCAUUUUCAUAGUUCGGUGCGCGGAUUUGUUGAUGUCCCUGGAGGCGACUCCGAAAAAGAUGCGAAAACACCUGAAAAACUCAAUAACGGGGAUCGUGAGGGACGAGCUACAAAAUUAUUUCCACAAAAGGGACUGUUUAACACCUUACGUUCUUUUUAAAAAUGCCAUACAGCUCACGUGGGACGGUACGCUUACUUUGGUACCCCUGUUGUUGGACUACGUUUUCAGCGAUGACGUUAAGCCGUUCAAAAAAAACCAAGCACUUGAGCUGCUCAGGUUGUUCUACGCGAAUCAUCGAUAUUUGAGCACAAAGCCAGAAAAAAUCAAGAAGAAACUCUCCGAAGAACACUCGCGAUUCGCCGAAAACGUCAACAACCUCUUCAAAAGCCUGUGCGACAAUCCAGAAAGAGCCGUUAAGGAAAAAUUCAUUUCGGGUUUGUUCAACGUGCUGGCAACCAUGAAAACCAGCCGGCUAAACAUCGAGAUCAACUGGGAGAAAAUUGCGGAGAACGUCAGGGAAUACAGGAGUUUCGUGACGUUCUCGAAAGACGCCAAGUCGUCAUUUAACAGACUCUGCAAUCACCUCAACGUCUCGCAUUUAGUCAAGAUGAAACCAAAAACGGUUAAUAUCAGUGUACCGGUCGACGAAGACGAAAACAGCGAGAACGAAGGAACGGGGAAGCCCGACAAAAAGAAGAAAAAGAAAACGAAAAAUAAAGAGAAGCUGAAGUUGAAGAAAGAAGCGAAAGAGCUGAGAUUGAGCAGUUUGUCUGAAGGUUUCAAAGACUUGGACUUUGCCGCUGCCAAGAACGUCGAAACGAGUGAAAACGAAGGCGAAGAGGAGAAAAAUGAUGUCAGUGAUUUAAAUGGGGACAUUAAAGGUACUAAAAAGAGGAAGAAAAGUGGCAAAUCGCAAGAACAAGAACAAGAAGGAAGGAAGACCGCCAAGAAAAAGAAAAAUGAAAAGGACACAAGUGAAAGUUCUUUGAGUGCAACUAACGGCUCUUCCAACGAAAGAGACAAUGUUAACAAGCGUAAAGGGAACGAGGACACUAAACUUCAAAAGAAGAAAAAAGUUCUACACUAAUUAAAAUGUUUUAUUUUUUAAAUAA